AUGAAUAAUAAUCCCAUAAAUCGCAAUCCUUUAACCAAAAUGGCACAGCCAAAGAUCACCCUCUAUGUUGACAUUGUCUCUCCCUUCGCUUACAUCGCUUUCUACAUCCUCAAAAACUCCCCAGUGUUCAAACAAUGCGAAAUCACAUAUGUCCCAAUCUUCCUCGGAGGACUAAUGAAAGCAUGUGGUAACACACCACCACUCCACAUCAAAAACAAAGAUAAAUGGAUCGACGCCGAGCGUCUCCGCUUGUGCAAAUACUUCAACGUCCCCAUGUCUCAAAACACCCCUCCCGGCUUUCCCAUCAACACAAUUGCCAUCCAACGCGCCCUAGCCUCCCUGGAAAUCUCUCACCCCCAGUCUAUGCCCCAGGCAAUCGGCCUGUUCUGGGAGAACUUCUGGGUCCAGUAUAAUGACCCCAUGAAGCCCGAGAAUCUGAGUGCGAUUGUGAGGACUAUUGUUGGAAGUGAGGAGGGGGCGAAGAAAGUGCUUGAGAGCACGAAGGGCGAGGAGGUGAAGAAGAGGUUGAGUGAGAACACGGAUAAGGCGUUGAAAGGGGGGGCGUUCGGAUUGCCGUGGUUUGAGGCGACGAAUGCGAAGGGUGAGACAGAGGGGUUUUGGGGUGUCGAUCAUAUGGGGCAGAUGUGUGAUCAUUUGGGGUUGGAGAGGCCGAGUGGGAAGGGAUGGAAAGCUUUGUUGUAAGCUACAGGCUGAGAGAAAUUGACACGUGCUAUUUGUUCAGAUUUGUAUUCUGUACUACUUGUCUAUAGUAUUAUUACUUCUUCAG